AUUAUUUACCACGCCUUCCUUGACCAAGUAGCACCAACUACCGACACUGGGACUGUCAUCAAACGUUCAGUCAUGUCUGCUGCUUAUUCCUCGGACGAGGAGACUUUAAAUGAUGCAUUUGGUCUGGCAAAACUUCCUACCAGCAAAAAACCGCGCACGGACCAGGACAGACUCGCGUCUCAGGCUGCGCCUCAUGUUCUCGCUGAAGACCCUCUAAAUCAAACUUCGCUAGUGACCCGUCCGACAGACACGCAGAUGAAUGUCAAUAUUCCGUACAACGAGAUGAUGUUGCCGCUCCAGGGUCCCGAUAAUCCAUUCGGUGAUUCAAACCGGUUUAUCAACCAGAAUGCACUCGCAGGCCAUGUGGAAGAACAAUCCAUGUCAGACCACGCGUUUAAUGCCCAACAUCUGACACAUUCCAUCCUCGGCUACUCGGUCAAUCCGUCGAUCGAUCCAAACGCACCGUCUAUUCUCGGCUCAGUCGAAAAGGCUCGUGAAAAUGGCUUUGCAACCAUUGAUACCUUGCGAGCCACCAACUCUCAGAAAAAGGAAUUGAAGAGAAAGAGAAAAAAUAAGGGAGAUCUUGAUGUCGUCGAGGGCGAAGGCGCGUAUGUUGGACCUUGGGCUGCAUGGGACGGAGAAGAGGAGAUUGGAUUCUUGGAUGGUGUUGAAGAAGACACUGGCGAUCAACCGCAGGAAGAAGAGGAACCUGAGCCGGUGGUUCUCAAGAAGAAAGCGAAACCAAAGCCUGGCGCCUAUGGCCAAGAAACUUCCGUCUUCCAUGGAAAAUCUAUGACCGACUAUCAGGGCCGAACAUAUAUGCAUCCACCUCUGGCGGAAGCGCCUCAUAUUAUCGGUGAGGUAGGCUCGCAAGAGACAUUUAUUCCAAAGACGUGCAUCCAUACUUGGACCGGACAUACGCAAGGCGUCUCCCUGUGGGACGUGUAUACUCAUGGAAAUUGUCUGAGGACUUUCCAUGGCCAUGUACAGGCCGUUAAGGAUGUCACAUUCUCUAAUGACGGGCGGAAGUUCCUAUCGUGUGCAUACGACCGCCAGAUGAAACUAUGGGAUACCGAGACCGGCCAGUGUCUUAAGCGAUUCAGUAACGGCAAGACUCCCUACGUUGUGCGCUUCCAUCCGGAUGAGGACAAACAACACAUAUUCCUCGCUGGUAUGUCGGAUAAGAAGAUUAUUCAGUAUGACAUGAAUUCUGGGGAGAUAACCCAAGAAUAUGACCAGCAUCUGGGUCCUGUCAAUACUAUUACUUUUGUGGACGAGAACCGACGGUUUGUCACGACGUCAGACGAUAAGACGAUCCGUGCUUGGGAUUACGAUAUUCCGGUGGUGAUAAAGUAUAUCGCAGAACCUCAUAUGCACUCGAUGCCGGCAGUAACGCUUCACCCUUCAAAGAAAUACUUUGCAGCACAAUCGUUAGACAACCAAAUUCUAAUCUACAGUACGGAUAAUUUCCGCCAAAACAGGAAGAAAAGGUUCGCGGGACAUUCCGUGGCUGGGUAUGCUUGCCAGGUUGGGUUUUCUCCCGAUGGGAAGUGGAUAAGCAGUGGUGACGGGGAGGGAAAUGUGGUGUUCUGGGACUGGAAAACGGGACGUAUUAAAUCGAGGCUACAGGCUCACUCGAAGGUUGUGAUCGCACAUGAGUGGUUACCACACGAGUCGUCUAAAGUUGUAACGGCGUCAUGGGAUGGCUUGAUAAAGUUAUGGGACUGAUAUUCGCAUUUAUUGUAUUCUGUAUGGACAUGCACAUGACAUGGUAUUUUUUGAUUGAGCGAUCGGGCGUUGUAAGUGGUGCAUGAGCGCAGUGAUGAACUGAAUUGGUGCGGGCACGAGAUCGGACCGGUAUAAAAUGCUACGGAUGUGAUCCCAUAUUGCCAGGAACCGACCGUUGUUCGCGCGACAGGAACCAGAGUGAUGGAAAAAGAUGGAAAAGCAGGAAGCAGGCACUUGGCCAAUUGGAACGUGGUUUACCUCGUUCUUGAAAGCUUCCUCAUGACGGAUAAUCAAGAGGUGUGGGGAUUGGGU